AUGUUGACCAGCGUCGCGCUAAUCCUCAUCACAUUCGCGUCCACCGCGACAUCCUGCAGCCGCUCGUCAUGGAUAACCCAUUCUCGGUCCUGCCUUGGACCACCUCAAGUAUGGGAGGCGCGACCCAGUCCAGGAAAGGGCAUUGGUGUCUACGCGUCAAGAGCUAUCGAGCCUGGCGAUAUCAUCUUGUCUGAGCCAGCAAUGAUCCAGCUAACCCCUCCGGAAAUUCGGGAUGGCGUUGCCUAUCCUCUAUCGGAUAUCCAUACACUCCUAAGAUCCUCUUUCGAUGGGCUUUCGCCAGAAGACAAGGGCGCAGUCAUGUCCCUUCACGCCCAUAUGACUUCAGUCGACAAUGCCAACGACACGCUUAUGGCUAUCAUUCGCAGCAACGCAUAUAUAACCGGUAACAGCCUCGGACUCUUUCCCAAAGGAGCGCGCAUCAAUCAUUCCUGCCGCCCCAAUACCAGUCAAUACUGGGACUCACAAUUGGGUCGUCGCGUCGUAUAUGCGAACAGACGCAUCGAAGAGGGCGAAGAGAUUUUUGCUACCUACAUCCCCUUGUUGCACAGCCAUGAGGCACGCCAGAGACGGCUCGACCAAUAUGGAUUUAAGUGCACAUGUGACGCUUGCGCGCUUGAAAGGGAUGCAAGACAUGCCAGCGACCAGCGCAGACAGGACCUCCAGAAGGCUUUCGCCGCCUUUGAGUCGCAGCUUACCCUCUCUGUCCCCAAGUCUGCAAUAGGCAAGAGGAAGGCACUCAAGAACGCUAAAGCAAGCGCACAGCUUGUGGAACAGCUCGAAGAGGAGGGCCUUGCGGACUACUAUGUCAAGGCAUAUCACGUUGCCGCCAUCGCGCAUGCAAGAAUCGAGGACUGGAAACCAGCCACUUUAUGGGCGAACAAAGGCUUCGAGACAAGCUUGCUAGCGGACCCAAAGGCGCGCUCGACAGGCGCAAGGGAGCUGCAAGCGUUGACGAAUCAUCUCAUUAUCAAGUGGAACGACCAGUUGUGGGAAGAAGCCAACCGAAAAGGCUGA